GGCUAGUUUCACUGUCGUAACCAAACAUGUAUAGUAGGGUUUAGGGUUCGGUGAGCUGAGCUCAGCGCACUAUAAAGAGUAGACGAAGAAACUAGUCCUAAACAAGAACAUGAUGAGAGUAAUACGCGGGUGAUGGCUACUGUUAGUAGUUCAUGGGAUCAAAAUCGCUACGUUCUUUCUGAUUCUUCCUUCUUCUGAUUAUUUUAUUUUUAACAUUACUAUCAGUAUUAUUAGCUUGAGUUUGUUCAGAUUUUCAUUUUAUGUCUUACUCAUCUCAUACUUAGUCUGAUCUAAGCUGUCUCUGCUUUCUUAAAAUCAAGUUAAUGCUGUGUCGAUUUCUGAAUGCCCAUUACUCCAUUAAAUGUUAUUCAUGUAUUAGUCAGCUUUCUGCAGAUGUCGUUUUAUGGCUUUGUCGUCGUUUAGCACAUUUGUGGCGUUUUCUCACGCUAUACCGUAAAUCGAGUAAUUUAUCCUAAUAUGAUGUUUGGUGUCUAAUAGUAGAGUGUUUCGUGUAUUUAUCAAAGGCAUAAAGCAUUGAAACAAUUUAGUUUAUAUUAAAGUCAAAUAUGAAUACAUGGCAUGAUUACUAGUAAACCCUUUUGUUUCUACGGCAUUACAAGCAAUGACUUUAAGAAAAGUGCUUGGAUUAUUUAAUAUGAUGUAAUAUUUUUCUAGGUGUGGGACUAAAACUCUUGUAGAAGAAAAAAAAUCAAGUCAAAUCAUUGACUAUAAAAUCAUAUGUAUCGACUCGGUAGAAUGAGUAAUUUGUUCAAUAUCCACUCGUACAUUUUCCACCAAUUACAGAAAAAAUUAGAUUGUAAUAAUGUCUAAUUACAUGAAGUUUCCCACUCGUUGCACAAAGUAGCAUCACAAAUGGUCAACUAAUAACUCCAAGGGUCAAGUAAUGACUCUAACCCUCAUCACACUUUAGUAUCUUCUAUUUUUUUUUUCAACUCUGUAUAAUGGAAGUUGAAUUAUGGGUAGCUCGUUUUUGACGAGAACGAAGUUAAUUUUAUGACAAAGAAUGAAGGUUUGUAGCUCAACUGAUUCUAUCCAAGCAGGACAGUCCCUUUCUGGUAACCAAACAUUAAUCUCUAAAAGUGCAGUGUUUGAAAUGGGGUUCUUCACACCUGGUGACUCUGGCAACUACUAUGUAGGGAUAUGGUACAAAAAGAUUGGUAACCAAACAGUAGUUUGGGUGGCAAACAGAGAUCAACAUGUUCCAGAUCCAUCUCUGUCAGCAUUGAAACUUUUAAAGAAUGGAAACUUAACCUUAGUUAGAGGAUCCUCAACUGAUGUAUGGUCAAGCAAUUCAACCUCAACUCUUUCUAAUUCUAGUUCUAUAGUGGGAGUGUUGCUUGAUAAUGGCAACUUUGUCAUAAGAGACGCAUUCAAUUCGUCUGUUGUAAUAUGGCAGAUUUUCGAUCACCCAACUGACACUAGCCUGCCUGGUGUGAAAGUUGGAUACAAUAGGUUUACCAAGAAAAAAAUGAUUCUUACCUCGAAAAGAGACUUAAAUAAUCCAGCACCAGGGAACUUUUCUCUUGAGAUGGGUCUGAAUCCAACUACCCUUUUGUUCAAGUGGAAUGAGUCAGUAUCUUGGAUUGGUCGUUGGACAGGGAAAAGUUUCAUGACAGGUUAUCCUGACAGAAAGUGGAAUGAAUUUCCUUAUGGUGUAAAUCUUACUCUUGUUACAAAUGAGUAUGAGAUGUAUUUUGUAUAUGUUGCUACUGAACCGGAUGCUUUUACUAGAAUGAAGAUUGAAACCACAGGCGAGCUAUGUCAUUAUGUCUGGAAGGAUAACUCAUGGCAAUGGCUUAAGAAUUGGUGUUUAGCACCCAAUGGACUACGUGAGUUCAAUAUGUUAUGUGGUCCUUUUAGUAUUCGCAACAUAUACAGUACCACUACUCUUUGUGCUUGUUUAGAAGGGUUCAAACCCAAAAGGCCAAAAGCUUGGGAAUCGGGAGAUGGCUUAGAUGGGUGUACGAGGACGACUCCUCUACAAUGCAUGGCUGGAGAUGAUAUGUUUGUAGAGGUACGCGACGUGGGCUUCAUAUCAAAACCAGAGGCACUAAAUGAAGUUAAUAGCACUGAAGCAUGCAGAGCAACCUGCUUGAGUAAGUGUUCUUGCAAUGCUUACUAUUAUGAUGUCAAAUGCUUUAUUUGGAUGGAUGAUUUAGUUGCCAUAGUCCCACGUUUGCCCCAUGAAAUUGGUCCAUAUUGGCACAUAAGGAUGGGAACAUUUCCUAUAUUAGAAAAUAAGGCUGCAAAUAGAAAAACCUUUUGCAUUGUUGCUGCAAUACUUCUGGGAUGGUUGUUGUUUACGGUCUUAGGCAUUGUUUUAGUAUUGGUGAAAAUGAGGCGCUUCGGAAGUGCAUUUGAAAGAGUGGAGGAUUCUUUGGUGCUCUACAUGUACCGAGAUUUAAAAGUUGCAACAAAGAACUUCUCCGACAAACUUGGUGAAGGAGGCUUUGGUUAUGUUUUCAAAGGUACUUUGGCCAAUUCAACUUCCAUAGCUGUGAAGAAACUUAAGAGUUUCCAGCAAUCAGAGAAGCAAUUUCUCACAGAAGUGAAGACAAUUGGAAUAAUCCAACAUGUUAAUCUCAUUCGCCUUCGAGGAUUUUGCGCAGAAUCAUCAAGAAGAUUUCUAGUCUAUGAUUACAUGUCAAAGGGUUCUCUAGAGUCGCUUCUGUUUAAUAAAAGUGCGACCAUCUUAGAUUGGAAGGUCAGGUAUCACAUUGCUAUUGGAGUUGCUAAAGGACUUUGUUAUCUCCAUGAAGAGUGCAGAGAAUGCAUCAUACACUGCGAUAUCAAACCAGAGAAUGUCUUGUUGGACGAAGAGUGCAACCCAAAACUAGCAGAUUUCGGCCUUGCAAAGCUCAUAGGCAGGGACUUCAGUCGCGUUGUGACAACCAUGAGAGGCACCAUAGGCUAUCUAGCGCCAGAAUGGAUAUCAGGCAUAGCAAUCACACCAAAAGCUGAUGUGUAUAGCUAUGGAAUGUUGCUUUUUGAGCUGAUAUCAGGAGAAAGAAACUACACACAGGUGGAGGAAGGCAUGGAGCAUUACUUUCCUUUUCGGGUUUCGAAAACACUAAGAUUGGGAGAAGAUGUUCUUCCUUUGUUGGAUUGCAGGUUGGAGGGAAAUGCCGAUAAAGAAGAGCUGAAUAGAGCUUGCAAAGUGGCUUGUUGGUGCAUUCAAGAUGAUGAAAAGAACAGGCCAAAUAUGAGUCAAGUUGUUCAAAUUUUGAUGGGAGUUACUAGAGUUGGUUUGCCCCCAAUGCCAUUGCUCUUGAAGCGCCUUGCAGGAUUCUCUAUGGAAGCCAUUACUUAUCAUCAAGAGACUACUUCUGGUUGAGGUUUAUUGUCAAAGAUUGAUGAAACAGCCUCCCAAGUAAUUUUGGUUAUCAACUUAAAUUCAAUAAAUGUUCAUUCAUUAUUUGUUUAAAAAGAUCUGUAUGGAUGGAACCAUAAUCCUCUUUGUUUUGCUGUAAUUGAUGAAAUUACUGUAUCUGUUUAAGAAAUUUUGUAGUGAAUUAUCUCAACUUAUUGGCGUCCUGCCAAAUGCAAAAACAACUUGAUUAGUUGAUCGCAA